AUGAGUAAACCAAAGUCGGCUAUUUCAAGUCUCUCUCCAAGUAAGGAGAUGAUGGACUUAAAGUCUUUAAAGCGCCAGAGAACUGUUGCAAAAACCAGCAUAGUGCGCAUAAAAACUGGUCUCCUUGAAAAGACCAUGUCGCUAGAUCCAAUCGAAUUGGAGUGCCGACUCGACAUAUUGAACUCCCACAGCGAAAAACUCAUGAAAUGUCAGUCGAAAAUUGAGGAAAUCGACGAAGAAGACAUUGCCCGUGGAGAGUUAGAGGACUUAAUUGUAGAAACAAAGUCCAUUAUAAAGUCCAUUCUGGCGAGAAAUAAAUCGUCAAUUGCCGAAACAUCUUUUACUGCACCUCACAGCUCACGACUACCAAAAAUGUCGUUACCUACGUUCAAAGGAGAAUAUUCCGAGUUUAAAAACUUUAUGAGUCUGUUUGAGAGUUUCGUGCAUAAUGAUCCCACAAUCCCGGAUAUUGAAAAAUUUAAUCAUUUAGUAUCAUGUCUAUCCGGUGAAGCCUUAGGCACAGUGAAGUCCUUCCAAAUGUCGGAAGAAAAUUAUCCAAAGGCGUUGGCAAGUUUGAGAAAGGUUUAUGACAAUAAAUGCCUGAUAUUCUUUAAUACAGUGUCUAAACUUUUUGAACUGUCAAAAAUCCAAAGGCCUUCUGCGUCGUCGUUGCGAUCAAUGAUCGAUACAGUGUCUGCAGUAUAUGACUCCCUCUUAUCGCUGGGUGACGAUAAACUUAUUUCAAAUGCGAUGUUGAUUCACAUAGUCAUGUCGAAGGUUGAUCCCACUACUCGGUCAAAGUGGGAGGAGCAACUUGACUAUGAUAAGCUGCCGCUUUGGGCUGAGUCUUGUCCAAAAUUCCAAGCGCUUACUGCACUUAAAAGAUUUGAAUUAGCAAAAUCGAUUUCCCUGUGCAUAAAUUGCUUGCGCAAGGGACAUACGGUCACAAAGUGCAAAGCAAAUCGCUGUGGUGUAUGCAACCGUUCGCAUCACACCAUGUUGCAUCAAUAUCCGAUCUCCUUUGAGACGGAGCCGCAACCUUCGACGUCACAGGCCAUGCAUAUUAGCAGCCUGCCUGACCGAGUCAUGUUAGCUACAGCCGUAGUUAAUGUAAAGGCCAGCUCCGGUGUUUACGUGCAAGCGCGAGCUCUACUUGACUCCGGUUCUCAAGUAAACUUUAUGACCGAAGAGCUUAUGCAGAAAUUGCGAAUCCGUAAAGAAAAAUUCGCUCUAAAUAUAGUUGGAAUUGGCAAUUCAAAUAAAAAGGUCCAAGGCAAGCUUAAAACUUAUAUAAAAUCGAGGAUCAACAAUUUUGAAUUUUCGGCGGACUUUUGGGUAAUGCGUUCGAUAUCAGUCAAUCAUCCAGAUCGGACUGUAAACACAAAUGGCUGGAAAAUCCCACAAAAUAUUGAACUAGCUGAGCCAAGUUUCUACAAGUGUCAGAAAAUAGACAUACUUUUAGGAGCUGAAAUAUUCUUUGAUCUGUUAUCGGUGGGUCAGAUCAGAACCAGCCCAAGGCAGCCAACGCUGCAAAAAACUGUGUUAGGCUGGAUAAUUUCAGGCAAGUAUGCCACAAAUGAUAGCUCCAGUGCCCAAGUAAGUAGCACAUUAUGUCAAUUUGAAGAAAGCGUUGCUAGUAUUGAUACCACAAUCCGAAAAUUCUGGGAAUUGGAAGAAAUACCUGCACAAAUAAAUUCCACACGACUGACUCCAGAGCAGGCAAAAUGUGAGGAAUUUUUUUCGAAAACCACACAGGUUUUACCAUGUGGAAGGCUUCAAGUCAGACUGCCUUUCAAAACCGACCGUAAAUUACUCGGUCAUUCGUAUGAAACCGCAGCUCGGCGGUUUCAGGCGCUGGAGAGAAGGACGCUGAAAGAUCCAGUACUUCGUAAAAUGUACCUGGACUUCAUGCAAGAGUAUCUCGAAUUGGGGCAUAUGAGUCCAACAAAUAAUCGACUCCCGAGUGAGCCGCACUAUUUCAUUCCGCACCAGUGUGUGUUAAGACCGCAGAGCACAACUACCAAGUUGCGCGUAGUUUUUGAUGCUUCGAGUCGCACAUCAACACAAGUUGCGUUGAAUGAAACCUUGAUGGUCGGACCGAUCGUUCAAGAGGAGCUUUUUUCGACCCUCCUUCGCUUCCGAUUGCACAAAUAUGCCAUGACUGCUGACAUCACGAAGAUGUAUCGUCAAAUAUUGGUGCACGAAGACGACAGGAACUUCCAGCUCAUAGUGUGGAGACAGGAUCCAUCGAAGCAUUUGCAAAUUUUUCGAUUAAACACCGUAACAUACGGCACAGCGCCUGCACCAUUUCUCGCCACACGGUGUCUGCAAAUGCUAAGCGACAAAAAUAAAGCCAAAUAUCCACUCCGUUCCAAAGUCAUUCGGAAUGACUUUUACGUCGACGACCUAUUAACAGGAUCCGACAGUAUAGAAAGCCUCACCCAGAUACAACAGGAAGUAAAUAUAAUUUUAGAAUCGGCAGGCCUGAAAUUAGCAAAGUGGUUUUCCAAUCAUACAAGCUCAUCGAAUAGUGAGAGUCUCCAAAAAUUAUUGCAGCUCAGCGAUACCGACUCCACCAAAACGCUGGGAAUCCACUGGCAGCCGAAAGAUGACAUUUUUCGCUUCAUUCUGGAAGAUAAUUUUAGCGAGCUGCGAGCAACUAAACGUAAUAUUUUAUCCGUUUCCGCUCGCCUCUUUGACCCUCUUGGUUUAUUAGCCCCGCUAGUUACCAAAGCUAAAAUCUUAUUACAAGAGCUUUGGAUUCAAAAGCUAGACUGGGAUGAGUCGAUUCCAUUGCGGCUUGACACUAGCUGGCAAAACUUUAAAGCCAAUUUGUUGCAGCUUUCAUCAAUUAGCAUUCCUCGCUUCAUUGGGCGCCGAGGGAUGCCAGCCAAAAUAUACUGCGACAACGCGACGAACUUCGUGGGAGCAGAGAGGAAGCUGAGGGAGCUCCGGGAAGCCUUUCUGGCACAGAAAGAGGAGAUUCUCCAAUACGCCGCCGACGAAGGAUUCAUCUUCGCCUUCAUACCUCCGAGGGCACCCCACUUCGGCGGCCUGUGGGAAGCAGCAGUGAAGUCGGCCAAACAUCUGCUGGUGCGCGCCGUAGACAACGCGCUGUUAACCGCCGAAGAAAGCGCAACGCUUCUCGUCGAAGUAGAAGCGGUACUGAAUUCCCGACCGCUCGCACCACUCAGCAACGACCCCAACGACGGCGAGGCGCUAACGCCGGCGCAUCUACUAAUCGGUUGCCCCUUGCGAGCUUUGCCACCGGAGAAGGUACCCGUCAACCUCAGCCGCUGCUUAGAGAGAUGGCAGCUUGUUUGCUCUCUCAAGCAACAAUUUUGGCGCGCGUGGUCGAAGAGCUACCUUCUGGAGCUUCAGCAGCGCAACAAAUGGGUGCACCCGCAGCGCAACGUCCAACCAGGCCAACUCGUCGUCGUCCACGAAGACAACGUACCACCGCAGCAUUGGGUGCUCGGUCGAGUAACCGCAACCAUUCCCGGAGCGGACGGCAAAAUUCGAGUCGCAGACAUCACCACUAGGUCGGGUGAAGUACGACGCCCUAUUCACAAACUCGCCGUGCUGCCGGUGGAAAACAAGAAUUGA